AUGAAAAACGUUACCAAAACUCGUCGGAUAGAAUUCUGCUGCGAGGGCUUCGAGGAACGAUUGGAAGAAACGGUUACCUUUGAAGGGAUCAGCUCACCACCGAAGAACUCCACCAUCCGGCUGAAUUGUCGCCCGAUUUGCCGCGGUGGUUGUGGCCGCGGCACUUGCGAAGCACCCAACCAAUGCAGCUGCGAGGCCGGAUUUACCGGAAAACAUUGUACGCAACGAUGUCGCAACGGAACUUGGGGCGAGAACUGUAAGCAUCGAUGUCACUGCCAGAACCAUUCCCUGUGCGAUGGCAAAACGGGGCACUGUCGAUGUUCGGAUGGCUGGAUUGGUAAUCAUUGUGAAUCGCCAUGUCCCGCAGGUCAUUUUGGAACUAUGUGCAAGAGCAAGUGCAACUGUAACACUACAAGAUGUCAUCACAUUUCGGGUAAAUGUCUGGCUGAUCAUAGUCAGGUUAUGUUUGAAAACAUUACUCGAAUCGUGGAAAACAUCACUUCCGGUGAAAGCACGGAGAGAAUAUCUGCGGAACAGUGGAUCAAAAUUGAAACUGAGCCUAUUUCCACUUCAACAACUUCAACGACCACAUCGAUUCCAAACAACGCGACUUACGCGCAAUCCUUCCAAGAAUACAUUCCUUCAAAUGUCAGUGUAAGUUUUGUACCUUUGGAAAAUUUGACAACGACCACAGAAGCCACAUUGAUCAAUGAUUCAACAAUUUACGAAAUAUUGGCAACAACAACCAAAUACGAAAUAACUUUCAUCAAUACCUCAGUAGAAGAUGUAAGCUCUCAAUCUGAUGCGGAGAACAUAACAUCGUCGAGUGAACCGGAAUUUGUAUUAGUAGAAUCAGAAGAACGAUCCGAUCUGAUCGAAUUCGUCGAUGACAAAGACUACGAUGAAAAGGAACAGGAAGUGAACCAUAAACAGGCCGUAAUAACUAUAUCCUGUUUGCUCCUUACGCUAGGUUUACUUCUAUCAGUGGUAGCGUACAUGAAGAAAAUAAAUCGUCGGGCGAUCGAAGUUCAAAGUCAAAAACAGCUACCCGCACUUCAUUGCACAACGGUUAUAACCAAAGGACCAGAUAGUCCCAGAGUUCUCGAACCUCUUCCUGAACCACCUCACGUAAUCUACACCAGAGUGAAGGCGAAAAACCAAAGGAAUGCUCUGAACGCGCAAAUUGAACACUACGAUAUUCCAAUCAACAACUCAUCGGUUUCGCCGUUCCAAUUUCCCGUCAUUAACGGAGGAGUGAAGUUGGAUGGAACGCCGGCCAGGAAGUACAGCGUGGAGCACAUCUAUGACGAAAUCCAGUAUCCGGCACUGGGUGAUCCCAACGAGCAGCAGCAACAGCAGCGUGCCGGCGACAACGGCGAUGUCAACAGUAUCGAGUGUUGGCCAGCCAAGGUCGCUCCGGUUAAGGUGAUCGACGAAAUUAAAAUGAGAAGAUUUGCACUGAUUGUUUUGAUUUCGGCUUGGGUCCAGCUCGGGUUGGCUCAAAAUGGUGUUAAGGGAAGCUGGCGAAAGGGAGCACCCAUGGUGAUGGCGAAUCAAACGACCCUGGUCGAGGAUCAACCCGUUGGAACGGGACCGCACAUGAUGGAUUUGCAACGCGGAAAUGAGUCCCACAGUGCCUUCGAUAAGUUCAUGAACAGAACCAAAACCGAUAUGCCGACUGGCGUUUGCUUCGAGGAAGUUCCCACUAUCAGUUUGAUCAAACCGAUCGGUGGCGUCAUUCCUGCAGGGAAUGGUUCGGAUCCAUCUCUGAGUCGGGUUCAGGUUUGCUGCAAAGGCUACGAACGCAACGUUCACAAUUUCCGGAAGUGCGAUCCCGUUUGCGAUCGUCCUUGCGUAAACAGCCUUUGCGUGGGGCCUAACAGCUGUCAGUGUUAUCCGGACUUCGUUAAGAAUCAGCAGGACCAAUGUGUUCCAACGUGUCCGAUUGGAUGUGACAACGGGGAAUGCAGUCUAGAAAUGGGUAUGUGUAUCUGCAAGGAUGGCUUCGAGCUGGACCAUAGCCACAAGUUUUGCAUUCCCAGAUGCACCGGAGGAUGUGGGGAAGGUCGUUGCGUGGCGGUGGAAAAAUGUGAAUGUAACGCAGGACAUGUGCCAGAUGAACGGGGAAAAUGUGUGCCCCACUGUGAGGGAGGUUGUGGGAAUGGGGAAUGUAUCGCUCCCAGUGUUUGUCAGUGCCGGCCAGGUUACGAGCUAGGCGAUGAGGGUUGUGAACCUAUCUGUUCCAACGGAUGUUUCAAUGGAGUUUGCACCGCACCGGAAACGUGCUCCUGCAAGCCGGGCUACAAGAUGGGACCUUCGGAGAACAAAUGCGAACCGACCUGCGAUCGGCCCUGCCUGAACGGAGUUUGUUCCGGUCCAAAUACUUGCAACUGCCAUCGUGGAUACGUGCUGGAUGAGGUGGACCCCCUGAAGUGUCUUCCCCACUGCCCCAACGGAUGCCCGAAUGGUGUCUGCUCCGGUCCCAAUAUGUGUCUCUGCAAUGCUGGCUACAUCAAAGAUCGUAGCUUGAAGGGAAGUCAGGCGUGUGUCAAGAGAGAUGCUUAUACAAUCUACAAUGAACACUGCUUUACAAGUUCUGGUUAUCUGGGCAGUUUGGUGGUGAUGUGGAAUGUAGAACGUCUUGAAGUGCUAGUGCUGUUGGCCGUGGCGAUCGGCAGCCCUUUGGUGCUGGGAAAAUUUUGUCAUGAGAGCGAAAAAGUUCCAAAGUUGGUGCAAAAUAAAACCAAGGGAGUGGAAUAUGGCGUGUGCAAGUAUUAUUGCAUGUUCUCAGAGCACAGCCAUACAGUGCCAGUUACAACCGAAAAGCUAACAUGUGCUUUGGAGUACGAAACCCGACAGAAGCAGGUGUGCUGUGAAGGAUAUCAUCGUUACGGUACCGAAUGUCUGCCAUCCUGCAAGCACAAAUGUAUUUUUGGUGAAUGUACAGCACCGGAAACGUGCACGUGCUACCCCGGUUAUCGCAAAGUGAACAACUUCCUUUGUGAGCCGAUCUGUGAUGAGUCGUGUGAAAAUGGGCGCUGUGUUGCACCCAAUUCUUGCCUCUGUAAGGAGGGCUUUAGUCGAAAUGCCGAUGGAAAAUGUGUGGAAGCGUGCGAAAAGCAAUGUCAAUUUGGUUGGUGCGAAAAUAAUCGGUGUCAGUGCAUGGAAGGAUAUGAAUUAAGCUCCCAAGACGACUCCAUUUGUGAGCCGAGCUGUGAUCAGGAAUGUGAAAAUGGGCUUUGCGUGCAGCAUAACGUGUGCCAGUGCAAUAGUGGAUACACCCUGUCUACCGAUUCUCCAUUCCUAUGUGAACCGGUAUGUUCCGGCUCGUGCCAUUCAUGUAUAGCUCCCGGAACUUGCCUCUGCGAAGACGGCUACCAGCUGAAUGAGAAAAACGAGUGCAUACCAAUUUGUGCCACCUUCAAUUGUACCAAUGGUCGAUGCGUGGCCCCGGAGGAAUGCCAAUGUAAUGACGGCUUUGAGUUGAUUGAUGGUGAAUGUUUGCCGUUUUGCGCAGAUGAUUGUUCAAAUGGGGAGUGCGUAGCGCCCGGAGUUUGCGUUUGUGACGAUCUAUACCGGAAGGGACCGGACGGAGCUUGUGAACCUUUCUGUCCGGAUGGCUGCGUCCAUGGCAAUUGCAUUGAACCGGGGCUAUGUCAGUGCGAGGAAGGCUAUUCGAUGAGUUUGGAGAGUGGUCUCUGCGAAGCUUACUGCAAGAAAGGAUGCGAAAAUGGACUUUGUCGUGGACCUGAUGUAUGUAGCUGUUACGAGGGCUAUCAGCUGGAUCCGAAAGACCCUUCAAAAUGCGUUCCGAAAUGCAGCAAACCCUGCAUCCAUGGAAAAUGUGUCGCUCCAGAUGUUUGCGAAUGUAACAAAGGUUACGCAAAGCUUGAAAACAGCCGCAAUAUCUGUGAAGCGAAGUGCGCAAAUGGUUGCUCAAAUGGAGUUUGCGUAGGGCCAGAUCGAUGUGAAUGUCUGCCGGGGUACUUUGCAACUUCAAGCUCUAUAAACUCCAAAAAAUCGAUUUGCACGCCCUACUGCAAGAACAAAUGUGUGAACGCUUACUGCAUCAAACCGAACGUGUGUCAGUGCAUCUCGGGAUAUCGCUUUGCAGAUAACAGUACCAGCGUUUGUGAGCCUAUUUGUGACGAUACUCUAAUCGACUGUACCAAUGGCCGUUGUACGCUUCCGAAUAUCUGCGAGUGCGAUGAAGGAUUCGUAUUGGCGAUCAGAGAAGGUCAAAUGAUUUGCGAGCCGAAACCUUGCGAUCGAAUCUGUGUCAACGGAUACUGUUUGGGCGAUUCGUGCGUCUGCUUGCCUGGUUACAGGAAGUCGGCAAAGUACGAUUACAUCUGCGAGCCAAUUUGUGAACCAGGUUGUGUCAAUGGGAGUUGUGUAGCCCCAAAUGUUUGUGUUUGCAAAGAGGGAUACAUUCCCAGGCCAGAUGGAACAUGUGAGCCUCUGUGCAGCUCUGAGGUUGUGGACUGCAGCAAUGGCAGGUGUUUAGGGAAUAAUGUUUGUCAGUGUUCGAAUGGAUAUUUCCCGAAGGUUAAUUCACGUGGGAUUGUAGAAUGUAUUCCUUUGUGUUCUACAACUUGUGUGAACGGUCGAUGCGUUGCCCCAGGGAUAUGUGAGUGUGAUGUGGGAUAUGUGUUGAAUGAGUUGACAGAAAUGUGCGAACCCGUAUGCAAUCCUCCGUGUGAAAACGGCGAUUGCACCGAACCUGAUUUAUGUGAAUGUUACGAUGGCUACGUACCGGAUAACGAAGACACUUUCGAGCAAACGCACAUCUGCGUACCGUAUUGUGACCCUAGCGUAGUGGAUUGCAGUAACGGAGUUUGUGGAAGCAACAAUUUCUGUCGCUGUUACGAAGGCUUCUACUCCAGUUUCAAUGGUGAAGGUAUAUUCACGUGUUCACCGGUCCCUCGCCCAACGAUAGUAGAGUGUGAUAUACCUCCUCAAACAACGCAAACUCCACCGGAAUGUAUUUGUGAAUGUGAAGAAGUGACACCUUGCCCAGUUUUGGAAUGUCCUAUCAUUCCUGUUCCAACAUGCAACAUCACGUGUCCAACACCAAAACCUUGUCCAGAACUUACAUGUCCAAAAAUCGACGAAAUAACAACAACUAAACCCAAGGCGUGUUCUUGUUCAACACAAGUUCUAUGUCCGGAAUUAACAUGUCCCCCGAUUCCUGUACCGGAAUGUGACAUUGCCGUGGAAGCUGAUUCUAGUUCGGAAGAGAUAACCAGAGUAACAUGUGAUGAUAGUUACGUCGAUUGUAGUCACGGAAUUUGCUUGGGUAACAAUAUCUGUGAAUGCUUUCCUGGUUAUAGGAGAGCGAUCAACGAAGCUGAGCUGAUCGUUUGUGAGCCUGUUUGUAAUGUUCCCUGUAAGAACGGUUUAUGUGUAGCGCCAGACAUUUGUGAAUGCUUCAUAGGAUAUACCGAUGAUGGUACCGGUACCUGUAUGCCAUACUGCGACGAUCCUUGCGUCAACGGAGAGUGCAUCGCUCCGAAUGUUUGCAAAUGCUCGGAAGGAUAUGAGGAAACUUGGGACGGAGUUUGUACGAGAUCUUGCCGACCUGACUGCGUCAAUGGAAUUUGUAUCGAUGGAGAAUGCAAUUGUGAAGAUGGAUUCAGUCUUAAUGAGGGAAAUAUUUGUGCAUCCCUUGAAAAAGAAGUUCUGCAAAUCAGAAGUCGGUUUCUGGAAGAUUGUGAAGAAGGAUAUGUUUACUCCGAAGAAUUACAAGACUGUGUUCCCCACUGUGAAGGGUGUGAGAAUGGGGUAUGCAUUGGUCCAGGAGAUUGCCAGUGCAAUCCAGGCUACGAACAUAUCCUGAAUGAUAUGGGUGAAGUUUGCCAGCCGAAGAUAGAUCUUGAAACCGUAACAGUGGAGUCGUUCAACGAUGAAAGGCAACUAGCCGAGCUUCAAGCAAGUGAGGGUGUUGAGUUGCAGAAGGACUCCCAGGUUAACUUCUUGUACAUAUUCAACCGAAACCACCUGAUAAUCGCUGCAAUUGCUGCAUCCAUCGCUUUGACCAUCAUGUUCGCAUCCUACUGGGCAUGUACCUAUUUUCAGAAAGGUCGAACCAUCCCUACAGAAACCAUGAUCGACUGACACCCAGCUUUGUUGAAGAUAUUUCGGAUAGUUUAUUCAUGAAGCAUGGUUUCAUUUUCUGUACCAUUUAUUUAUAAGAUCAUUGACAACUUAAAAAAAUAAAUAAAAUAAAAACAGCACGUUAUCGUUA